GGCAAUGAGUGCUCAGGUAACACAACCACUAACGUCGCUUUAAGUAUCGGAGAGUUCAUUCUGCCAAGCCGUGACGGAUAAUUCUCUGUUUUAGGCCCAUGUUUUCGCUGCCAGUCCGUCUCCGUACUACACAACACACAGAUUCAUUGAAAUAUCAAUAGUUUAGACUCCCGGCUUCACCAGAUGGUGUACGCCCAUUCGAGGAUGCAUACAGUCGAGUCACGUGUGGUUCGACUAAUUGAACGGCUUAGCCAAUCAGAGCACGGCUUACUGGAGUAGGAAUGUAUAGGGGAGUAUGAGAACUGGAGUGUACACACAUGACUGUGUGGAGAGCUUACUGACACUGCUAUAUUAGCAUAGGCUUUAAAUACUAUAUCGUGUCUUGUGUGUUUAAUAACAUUUUGUCAAAAUUCCACCUUCAAAAGCUGACGAUAUGACGGCUGAUACACAGCCGCCUCCACAACCAAAAAAAAAACGGCGUAUUUCCGUAUGUGUUGGAUGCGGAUCUCAAAUUCACGAUCAAUUUAUAUUAAAAGUGGCUCCGGACUUAGAAUGGCACGCUUCAUGUUUGAAAUGUGCCGAAUGUAACCAGUACCUUGACGAAAGUCAUACCUGUUUCGUUCGGGAUGGAAAAACUUACUGCAGAAGAGACUAUGUGAGAAUAUUCGGGGCGAAGUGUAACAAAUGCAAUCAAACGUUUGGGAAGAGUGACUUUGUUAUGAGAGCUAAGAACAACGUCUAUCAUAUAGAUUGUUUCCGUUGUGUAGCAUGCAGUAGACAGCUAAUCCCGGGGGACGAAUUCGCCCUCAGGGAUGACGGACUGUUUUGUAAGGCAGACCAUGAAGUUGUAGAGAGAGCGUCUUCGAAGGAAAACGGAAGUGAAGACGGAAGUCCACGGAUUAACAACAACAAUAAUAUUGUGACGAAACGUGCAAAUAAAAAUAACGAUGACAAUAACAACAAUGAAAAAGGACUCUCACUCGUCGCUGGUCGGGCGGAACAAGUGUCAAAUACAAAGACGAAUGGUACAAGAUCUCAUGUCCAUAAGUCAGAACAGAAACCUACGAGAGUUAGAACAGUGCUCAACGAAAAACAAUUACAUACAUUGAGAACAUGUUACAAUGCAAAUCCGAGACCGGAUGCUUUAAUGAAAGAACAACUAACCGAAAUGACAAACCUGAGCCCUCGUGUGAUCCGGGUGUGGUUUCAAAACAAACGCUGUAAAGAUAAGAAGAGGAGUAUACUGAUGAAACAAUUACAGCAUCAACAGCAAGAAAAAGUGAGUAAAUUCAUAAAUGGCGGACGGUUGCACGGUCCACUCCAAGGAGUUCCAAUGGUCGCUUCAAGUCCCGUUCGACACGAGAGUCCCAUGCAAGCGAAUGCGGUCGAAGUGCAAAGCUACCAACCACCUUGGAAGGCUCUCAGUGAUUUUGCCAUGCAAAGUGAACUUGAACACCCUCCAUUCCAACAACUGAUGAAUUCCUUUGAUAUGGAGGACAACCAUACGUACCACGAAGGCUAUGGAAAUGAAUGGAUUCACCAUGACCAGCUACCUGACCACUUGGACCACAUGGACCACAUUGACCACAUGGACCAGUACUCAGACUCCGAGUUCCCUGAGACACCGUCAGAAAUGUCAAGCCCAUUGAGCCAAUAACACAGGAUGUGUACCUCUUUUUUCGCGGGAAACAUUUUGGAUAUUUUAUUCAAACAUGGGAGGUUUGAUUCUCAAAUCAGGGACUAAUGUUUCAAAUGGUGGUUUAUUUGGACCAAAUUGUAUGUGAAUGGUAUGUACUGAACUUUGAUAGCGAGAGAGAAAACGACACUCAGUUAAACGCUUGAUCUCUCAAUAAUUAUAAUUUGUGUUUUACAAACGCAGAUAUGAUCCUGGUUUAUAUGUAAAUGUUGUGGUUGUCACGUGACUGUGAAAUUUACUGUCGUUUUGUGUAUAGCUGAAUUUCACAUGAAGGAAUGCUGUACAUAGACUUUGGUCUGUGAUGAAAGUAAAAACACUUUCUACAAAUUUAUUCUCUGGAAAAAGUCCCGAUGAUUAAAAAAAGACACAAUAACCUGGAUAAUACUAUUCCUAGGAAAGACAGCAUUCGAAAGGACGUAUAAAAGAAACAAUACCAAUCUACAAGAAGUCGGUAAUUUUUACCUCGCAUAUUUACGAAUUGUGGGCUAGAACUGUGGACAGAAUGUAUAUAAUGUGCUAAUUUUAUACAAUUACUAUGUUAUUGCAUAGACUAGUGUAGAGCGGACAUUGUGGAUUUAUACAGAAAUGUUUGAAUCAAAUUCAUUUUAUUUACGUCCGAUUCAAAGUUUCCUAUUCAUGGAAUGUUUAGUUGACUUUCAAUGUAGAAUUAUUUAUUUCUCUUCAUGCACAAAACACCUUACAAUAUCUGUUAAACAGGGCAUGACCGGUACAUCUGAAAAGAAUGAAAAAGAAAAAUAGGAAUGCAUUCUUCAUUUAUGUGAGGGAGUGCUGUUUAUCUUUGGGUAGCGAAAAUUUUAUAUCAUAAUUUCUAGAAAUAAAUCAACACUUUCUUUUACGCUGGGCUGGUUCCGAUUGUAUCAUAGUUAUAGAUGAAGUCGGUUCUGAUGUACUGUAUGAAAGUGACGAGGUUUUCGAAUGUAUCACUAUGAUAUUUUCGAAUUUAUCGCAGUGAUAGAGGUUUCUUAGUUCAGUACAAUGAUAUGGGUUUCCGAAUGCAUCACAGUGAAAAGGUUUUUUUAGUUCAGUACAAUGAUAUGGGUUUCCGAAUGCAUCACAGUGAAAGGGGUUUCUGAAUGUAUCACAGUGAUAUAGGUUUUCGAAUGUAUCACAAUCUAGGGUAUUCUAAAAAUAUCAAAGUGAUGGGUGUUUCUUUAUGUAUCGGUUAGCGCCAAGUAGUAAGUUUUACGAAUUUGUGUAAUAAUUUAUCACAGAGCUUUGUGGAACAAGAUAUUUCAUACACGGGAAUUAGAUAAGGUACAUUCUCACGCCUACAAUUUUGUGAGACAAACACAUUCUGUGUAAUAACAUUUUACACACAGUUUUUGUGUGGUAAAAUCUCGCAUACAGGAUUUGUUCUCUUCUAUAGUUUGAGAAUUUAUAUGAUAUACAUCACGGAUUUUUUCGUGAAUCGCAAAUUUACUAUAUAUUAAAAGGAUUUAAAUCUAUUUAUUAUUAUUUAUUAAUAAAACGUAAAUGUGAAAAUAA